CCGCAAAACCACUUCCUUCUCAUCAGCAAACAUUUUCCCAAAUUUUCUCAGGAAACGAACACCCAAAUCCUUCACCACUUCCCAAUUCUCAUAUCUCAACACCAAAAUGGCUCGUACCAAGCAGACCGCUCGGAAAUCCACCGGAGGAAAGGCGCCGAGGAAGCAGCUGGCGACGAAGGCCGCGAGGAAGUCAGCUCCGGCGACCGGAGGAGUGAAGAAGCCUCAUCGAUUCCGGCCUGGAACUGUGGCUCUCAGAGAGAUCAGGAAGUACCAGAAGAGUACCGAGCUUCUCAUCAGGAAACUUCCAUUCCAGAGGCUGGUGAGAGAAAUCGCACAGGACUUCAAGACCGAUCUCCGAUUUCAGAGCAGCGCCGUCGCUGCUCUUCAGGAGGCUGCCGAGGCUUACUUGGUCGGUCUCUUCGAGGACACCAAUCUCUGCGCGAUCCACGCCAAGAGAGUGACAAUCAUGCCCAAGGAUAUCCAGCUUGCUCGUAGAAUUAGGGGCGAGAGGGCUUAGUGUCCCAAUCUUGAAUCGUAUCUAGGCACAAGAAAAUCAAGUGGAAUAUUAAUCUAUUUAAUCCUCAGGUGUUGUUUUUGUGAAGAAAAAUAUGUGAUGUAUCUUUUUAGGUUUUAGUUUGAACUUUUGAGUAAUAGAUGGUGUAUAUCUGUUGCUUAAUCUAAUGGCUAGUUGGAUUUCGUUAUUUGA